AUGCCCAAGAGGAAGGUCAGCGCCACCGAAGGGGCCGCCAAGGAAGAGCCCAAGAGGAGAUUGGUGCGGUUAUCAGCGAACCCUCCUGCAAAAGUGGAAGCGAAGCUGAAAAAGGGAGCAGCGAAGGAUAAAUCUUCAGACAAAAAAGUGCAAACAAAAGGGAAAAGGGGAGCAAAGGGAAAAGAGGCUGAAGUGGCUAACCAAGAAACUAAAGAAGAGUUACCUGCAGAAAACGGGGAAACGAAAACUGAGGAGAGUCCAGCCUCUGAUGAAGCAGGAGAGAAAGAGGCCAAGUCUGAUGAAUCCCGUAUACCAUGUCUUAGCAGUGGUCCCUGUCUCCCUUCUUGUACAACCCAGAGGAAUAUUUUUAUCAACUGUUUUGUAAAUGCAAGUUUUUUAAAUCUUCUCCAAACCUGCUCUGAGUCAGGCCCCAUUGAGCAUGGCUAUGCCUCAGGCACUGACAGUUGUUUCAAUGUGCUGAUCAGCAGUGGAAGUCACAGUAGCAUUAUGAGGCCACCUCUAGGCCACUUCCGGCCCACUUCCUUCUCUUUUAAUAGCAUGUAUGAAGAAGAAGUUGUUGGUGCCAAAAAGAUUCCAGAGAAAUGGAUGCCUGGCUGGCUGGAGAGGAGAGUAACAGCAGAGGAAUGA